AUGUCUAGUGCUCAACAAUAUAUUGUUAAUGCCCAUUUUAAUGGAAGUGUUGUUGUAUCAGAUGAAGUGGGUUUGAUAUUUGAAAACACUGACGUAAUUCGUUUCGCUGUUAAUAGAAGCUCAUCAUUCCAACAUUUUAAAGAAAGAGUACAGAUGAAGUUGCAAGCUGGAUCAGUGUCACAGAUGACGUACAAAAAUGUCGUCCGUUUCGGCGACAAUCGCUUUAAAUUUGUUCCACUGAAGAUUCGUGACGACGAGGAUGUUGAAACGAUGUUCUCGAAUCAUGAAUGUUGUGGGUUUCAGCACAUUGAUUUAUAUAUAACAUUUGCACAAGUUCAAGAAACGCAGACUUCUCAGGUGAUCAAUCCAUCCAUAAUUCCACACGAAGAUGUUGAAGACGGAGACGGCGAAGAAGAAAACGAGACACAAGUUGAUGAUUUAUAUACUACCUUGUUUGAGGAAGGGAUCAAAGUCAACAUAGAUGAUCAAUGUGUUCCAGUUGAAAAUGUAUUCAUCCCACCAGCGCAUAUGACAACCCUGCCACUAAGCGUAGAAGGAACAUCAUUUGAUUGGCCACGAAAUCCUCGUUUUCCCGCGGAAGGUGACAUAGAAGUCGGUUACCAAUUUAAAAAUAAAGCUGACUGUGUCGCUGCCAUUAAGCAAUACCACAUGAAACACUGUGUGGAUUACAAAGUGAUAGAUUCCGACAAAGUGAGAGAAAUCAAGGACAGGAACCUACGGAAAAAAAUAAUUAACAUGGGAUACGCUUUAAACCAGCCAACAUUUCAUUACUAUCGGUCAGAGAUUAGCAUGGUAAAUGCAGAUGCUUUGAGGUGGAUUGACAAUAUUCCAGCCGAAAAAUGGACAAGGGCAUUUGACGGCGGUCGACGUUGGGGUCACAUGACUACCAACCUUGUCGAGUCAAUGAAUGCCGUCUUUAAGGGCACACGUAAUUUGCCCAUUACGGCAUUGGUAAGGGCAACGUAUUAUAGACUAGGAUCUUUAUUUGCUGAAAGGGGUGGAAAGUGGAGUGCUGUGUUGAAUUCUGGCCAAGCAUUUACAGACAACUGCCUCAAGGUUAUGAAAGAAGAAACAACAAAAUCCAGCACGCAUCAAGUCAGAAUUUUUUACUACAGGAACAAUGUUUUCAGUGUGCAAGAGACAAUGGACUAUGGUGAGGGGAAACCUAUGGGACAUUAUAAGGUCGACCUCUUGAACGGAUGGUGUGACUGCGGAAAGUUUCAAGCAUUUCGUGUCCCUUGCUCACAUGUUAUCGCUGCAUGUUCGAGUGUGCGCCACGACGCUUACGCUCUUUUGUCCGACGUUUAUAGGGUUACAAACCUAUUUGGGGUUUACAGCGCAAGCUUUCCAGUGAUGCCAUGCGAUGAAUAUUGGCCUGUUUAUGAAGGAGAUCAAAUUUGCCAUAACCCAAGAAUGGGGAGGAACAAGAAAGGUCGCCCUGUAACCACACGUAUUACAACAGAAAUGGAUAACUUUGAUAAGCUUGAGAGGAAAUGUUCCAUGUGUCGUCAAACGGGACACAAUCGCACCCGGUGUCCCAAUGUGGGAACAAGUAGUCGUUAG